AAAGUGGAAAUCAGCUGGCCUUAAUUUUUUCAGUUGAUUCCAUUUGAUUCAAUUCCGCCGGCCAGCAUGUGUAGCUGGUGGGAUUAGUUAACUGAUGAGUGCUGUCAUUUUUUGGCAGCAGAACUGCGGGAAGUUUGGGAGCAAGCCGAAUAUUGUGCCUUGCAUCAAGAAAAUACCCAGCGCAUAAUAACAAACGUACCAGAUACAAAGGCUAGAUUUCUUCCAGCCCAAGAGUUUAUUUCUAUACAGUUUUUGUCUAAUACCUAUAGUUAAUUUUCUCUGUAUGUAAUGUCUGAAAGGAAGAGAGUACAAUGGGCUGUACAGCUGUAAGUGGUUGGUUAUGCAAAAUUAGUAAAUCAUUAGGUAAUUUAUGCAUCAAACUUAGCCUGCCUGGAGUGUGAGUGAUGUAAAAACUCUGCUGUCUGUUUUCGUAUUUUCAUACUUCAGCUCAGCUUGUGCAGAUAUCAACACAUCUGAAGAAGCCAAGGCCUAAGACUGCAAAAGCCAGAGUGUUUUGUUUGCUACACAAAGAGGUAUGUACAGUACUACAUUUUACUUUUCAUGCCUGUUACUGAAACGUGAUUGGGGGAGAAUACAUUUUCCAGAAUUUAUUUGGGUCUUUGAGUUCUGGGAUACCUUAGGGACUUUAGGUUUCCAUGUUUUUUGUCUGUUUAUAGGAACUAAGAGGAGGUAAUGCGAUGGCUCUUGGGCUCUUUCAAACCUAAAACGUUUUGAAUAGGCUUCCUUUCUUUGUCAUAUUUUUCUUCUACUUGUUGACUGCACUAGCCUUAUUUCUGAAUGAUAGGAUUCUUUGUUAUUACCUUAUCCCACAUCCCCACUCCAACAAGCAGAUAUUUUAACCAGUGGAUAAAAGGCUAGUAGUAUAACAUAAAUAUUUGAUAAUUUGAAAUCAACUUUAAUUUAUUUCAUAAUUUUAACAAACUGUUCAGUUUCGAGUUGACCGUGAUCGCUUAAUUAAUAAAGGUACUGAACCAAAGACCUGUUUAAUUCUCAUCUUAGUCUUUUGGUAAUUUUCAGUUUUUUAGAUGCCUUCCUUCAGACUAACCCUGCAUCUAAUUGUGUCACUGGUGUUUGUAUUCAGCACAACAGCACUGCAUAAUUUUGAGAAUUAAUAGUUUAUUUAUUGUGGUUUAUGAGAGGUUCCAACUUUGGUUUAGACUGGGAAAAUCAUGUGAUGUUUUCAAAAGGUGGUGAGAAGUUUGGGAGAUUUUAGUUCGGUUAUAUCAGCAGAACUACAUGAAGAGUUAAAAAAGACUAUAUAUAGCAAUGUCUUUUUUCCUUAUAUCCCUUAUAUUCAUACUGUUUGUUGCAUAACAUUUCAAUCAUGUAUGCAUUUAAGCCAUCAUAAGGGUGCUUGCCAUUUUGCAAAACAAGCUGGUUAGAAACCAGUAGAUCUUGCCAAUAAAAACGUAAUAACAUUUUUAAUAUUCUUGAAGCAAAGUUUCCAACUAGGUCAAAGCAUUCUAUUUAAGUUAAGACCUUAAUUUUGAUUACUUUUUGCAAAGGUGAGACUCGAAUUUUGGGCAAUUGAAAUGGUAAAGUGUUGGCCGGACAAGACUCACUGCUCAAAAUAAGUUAGGACCAACUCUGGAUUGGAUCAGUUUUUCCGGAGAAUUUUUAACAGCCAGACAUUCCAAUCAUAUUUCAACAACAAUUUCCAGCAGAGAUUUCAGCAUCUGUAAACUCAGCAUUAUCCCUUCUUUACUUCUCAUAAUUGCAAGUCCCAUCUUGUUAAAACACUUUGAUUUUAUGGACAAUGCAAGUCUCCAUGUGCAAUCACCUUUUCAUUACGGUAAAGAUAACUUUUUUCUGCUGAUCCUGAUGGUACUGAUGGUUCAGAGGGAAAAUUUAUUGCUGUAAUGUCGUAAAAGGUUACCACAUGAAUAAGUAACUUCUAGGCAAAAAUAAUUAUUUAUCUUGCAGCAGUUACAAUAGUUUUAAUUUUUAAUAAUUUUUUUCAGUUGAUUCCAUUUGAUUUAGUUAUAGCCAGCUGGUGGGAUAAGUGGGGGACGUGCUGUUGUUUUUGGUAGCAGAGCCACAAGUUUGGAUGCAAGUCAAAUUUUAUUUCCCCAUCACAUAAAAAAAAUGCCUAGCAUGCACAUAACAAACCUGCCAGCCACACAGGCUAGAAUUAGUAGGCUUAUUUCAUUUUUUAAACACAAGAUUUCAAUUUCUAUGGGGCGUUUAAGGUAAUCCAUUUUUCCAAACACCAUUUUUUUUUAUUUUAGCCAGUGAAACAAAACUGAUGGCAUCUUAAACCUAUGAAAAAAAUUAUAAUUGAGGAUAAAUACUUGAACUCUCAAUGCAAUGAAAAUGUGGUCAGUGGUUUUUCCAAUAGAUGACUUCAUCAACUGAAGAAAAAAACACAUGUUAACAAAGAAUAGUAAUAAUAAUAAUUUUAUUUUUUUUUGAAGGGCUCCAAACAAAAAUGUCCCCACGCUCUCUUCCUUUUUGUGGGGACAUUUUCCCAUGUAUGCCUUGUCAAUUAUAAACCUCUAAAAGUGUAGCCUAACCUUUACUUACAUUAACACAGGAGAAUCCAGCUCUAGUAUCAGUUCAACAAUAUGGCAUGGAGAGAUGAUGGAUCUGGUAACCUGACAGUUUCUGGAGCAAAGGUUAGCUUCACUGGGAGUGGCAACUCCAAGGGGAAUGCUAUCUGGAGUCAAGGCGGAACUGGGAGUUGGGAGUUUAAAGUGACUGGAAGUUCCGGAACCUGGGUGGGAGUUUCUGCUGAGGAUAAGUUUGCGGCUGGUUGGGGGAUGAAGGGAUUGUUCUAUGGCGGGCCGGGCAACUUGAGUGAUGGUAGUAGCCUGGUGACCAGUAACUGGGGACCUAAGUUUGGUGAUGGUGAUGUCAUUGGAAUGCGGUUGGAGGAGACUGGUGACAAGACUGUGCUGGCAUUCUCUAAAAAUGGAAGUGGACUUGGAGUGGCAUUUGAUAUUUCUGGCUACAGUGGCGUGGAGUUCCGUCCAGCGGUUUCUAUGGAUGAACCAGGACAGGGUGUGACAAUCUCUGAGACUGCUACUUCUAACCUGGCUGCUUUCCAGCUUGUUCCCACUCCAAGACAAGGGGUGGAGGGAGACUGGCAGGGGAGGUUCAAGGUGAUGAUUGAGAAAACUGGAGAAGGAGCCUGGCACAUUGCAGCCGAGGUGGCCAACAUUAUAUCCUGUGAUGCAACUCAGGGUGCUGAUGGUAAGCUUGUGCCAGGACCAGUCAUGUCAACAAUGAUGAUGCCGUCUCCAGAGCUCCAGCAGCUGGAGAAUGAGGCUACCUCCAUCCUGGAAAGUCUGACUUCACUCAGACGGGAAGGGGAAACCCUGGUGCUGGAAGGAGGUGGAAAGAAGGAGAUCUUUACUCCUGCCGCUGGACCUGGUCCUGCCACCAAAGACAGAGUCAACUGGAUGUGCUGA